AUGGUUUAUCCUUUAUAUCGUUCAGUCGAUAUACCAAAAUGUCGUCCGAUCGCUUCAUUAUCUUUAGCUCGAGUGAAAUUCUUCUUGGAAAAAACGUUCUACAAUUUGACGGUCGUCGCAAGCCAUGACUGGGAGACGUAUGCAAAUCUGCGGCAGGUGGCGAACGAAAAGUUUGGUGUUUGCCUUCUGGAGCCUGGACUGCCGUGGAAGACCGUCGACCAGAGUCUGGACAUCACAGAGGUUAUGCGAAACAUGGAUUUGUUCGUUUCGUCGUACAACUACAACCUCAAUAACCAGGUAACGAUUUUUUGUCUUACGUCGUGCAUUGCUCACCUCACAUGCCUUUUCAAACAGAUAUUCAUCGAGAAGAACAGCAAAACGAAGUCGCUGAACGUGCUGACGAUCGAUCAGGUAGCGAAUAGCAUACGCACGCAUGGCACCGGUAUCAUGAACACAACGGUGAAUUUUGUCUAUCAGCUGCUGUUGAAAAAAUUUUAUUUAUUUUCGCAGUUUCUCUUCCACAACGGCAUUAAAUCACGACUGAUUAAGUACCCGUACGAACGUGCCGAACGUUUCAACACUGGCAUGAAGAAGCUCGGUUUUAACGCUAAUGGCCAGAGCUACAUGGAUCAGUUUCGCACGUUGAUAACUCAGAUAGGAAAUUCACUCGGCUACGUGCGUCUGGUUCGCUCAGGUGGAAUCGAGGCGUGCUUCCGCGCUGUUCAGUUUUUUCCUGACUUAGAGGAAAUCGCGUCUUUCGAGUCAAUGUGUAAAGAACUUCAAUUCAGUGCCGAGACUUGCUGUGCGGCGGCGUCUUUCGACGCUUUGGUUUCUGAACUGGUUCAGAAGUGUUCUGACAGUUCUGAGUAUUUCAAGUUACUGGUCGACGUGUUUUCCUCUGAGUUUCGAAACGAGCGACAUUUGCAUCUGAAGAACUUUUACAUCAUUGUCCCUGCUUUGACCUUAGAUUUCGUCGACUACAUCAUCAGAUGCAAAGAGCAGCUAAACAAACGAAGUCAUGAAGGCGGCUGCUUCACAGACGACGGUUUCGCGAUGGGCAUCGCUUAUACAUUGAAAUUACUUAACCAGUACAAAGAAUUUGACAGCCUGCAUUGGUUCCAGUCUGUUUCAAAGAAGCUGUCGCAGGAAAAGAGUCUUAUCGAACAGCAGUGCAACGGAACACUGGGUACUAUGGACAAGAAGCUUAGCCAGACGCUUUCCCUGAAGGAAAAGCACAUCAAACGCUUUAUUCUGAUCAGUUAUCGAUCUUCGGAUAAGGCGAUGGACGGAGCAACUGACUGGUCGUUUCAUUGCCUGCAAACUGUCCCUGUCAAAAUGCAGGACAACUCACAACACUGACG